AUGCUUUGGAAGUUUGGUGGAGUUUACCUAAAUACAGACAUCAUUAGAAAUCCUCUCGCUACACUUUUUGCAGGAGCUUUAGCUAACAAUUUCAAUGGAGCACUUUGGGUUCACAUUCUACAUCGGAAGUUCAAAAACUUUGUGGUACUAAAAAUUUCACAGAAAAAAUUAAUAAGAAAGAUUCUGACGGUGCCUUAUGAGAAUAAUCGUCAAUUGUUCAACAGUUCUUUUUCUGAUCAAGUAAUGAAAAAAGUUGACAGUUCUGUCAUUGUUCAUUUUUGGAAAAAGAAUCUUGUGAGUUGA